GCAAGUUGGGGCGAAGAUGGACGAGGCCAAGGCAGUUGCCGAGGUCGCAAAGGAGCCGAGCGUCGCUCCCAAGCGAAGCCGCGGGCCACCUAAGAACGAAGACAUCUGGCAGCACUUUACCAAGCUUAAGGAUGCAGGCAAGUAUCACAAUUACUGGUACGUCGAGUGCAAGUGCUGUCGAGCAGCGUUCGUCGAAAAUGCCGCUGGCACCAACGAGGGCGACAUUCCAGCGCCAUCUCCGAUUGUGUCGCGUAUUCACGACAUGCGUCGUCACUUGAGCAAUUGCGCGUAUGUCAGUGACUACGUACCAGACGAUAACACAAGUCCACGGCCGACCAAGUUGCUGAAAACCAAGGACGACAAGAAAUCGGUCAAAUCCAGUACCAAGGGGGGCAGCGGGAGCACCAGCAGCAGUAGCAACAAUGCCAUCGUAGACAAGGAAGACAAAGAGCUACUUCGCCGCGACAUGGAGCAUCGAUGGGACAUGGAACGUCGGCGUAUGGCCCUCGAAGAGCACAAGAACGCGCGGAUCGAUCAGAAAUUGGCGCGCCAGGAGGAAGAAGCGCAAAUCCAUCGGCGACUUCUCCUGGCCAAGGCGCAGGAAGCGGAGCUGCAACUGAAAGUGGCGUACGCGAAAGCCCGUCACGAGCUGCUGCAGGCUGGAAUGACCCCUGAACACGUCGACCACGCCCUGUUGACCCGACCUGCCAGCCCGAGUAGCACACAAUCCCCACAUCCCGACCACAUUGUGUAAUAUAUACCACAACUCCAAAC